CUCUCUCUCUCUCCUCUUCUCUCGCUGCCUUGUCUCCCUCUUCAAACCCUAGCUCUCCACUCUCUCUCUCUACAUCUCUCUCUCUCUCUCUCUCUCUUGCGCUUCGACGAUGAAGCACUUCAUGUUGCCCAAGGGCGCGGCCGCCGUGUUCAGGGAAGCGCAGACGCCGCCGCCGCCGGCCUACGAUUCGCCGCCGACGAAGGGCAAGCCGUCGUCCAAGAAGCAGGGCCGGUGCAAGGAGAACACCCCGCCGCCGGAUCCGAACUCCAUGGGCUCCGACAGGAAGGCCUCGCCGGCCGCCGGAGCGGCGUCGGCGUCGGCGCCGGCGAAGGCGAGGUGUCCGCUGCCCCCGCGGCCGCCGUCGUCGAAUCCGCUGAAGCGGAAGCUCAGCAUGGAGACGAUCGCGGAGAACGCCCUAGCUGGAGCUUCCGAUUCUGGCGUGAAGGUAUUGGUGAGGAUGCGGCCACACAAGAAUGAUGAAGAAGAGGGAGAUAUGAUAGUGGAAAACGUGUCCAAUGACGCUGUUACUAUAAAUGGUCAAACAUUCACAUUUGAUGCUGUGGCUGACCCAGAGGCAUCGCAGCUCGAUAUUUUUGAGCUCGUAGGCGCCCCUCUCGUCGAAAAUUGCUUGGCUGGAUUUAAUAGUUCCAUAUUUGCUUAUGGCCAGACUGGAAGCGGGAAAACUUACACAAUGUGGGGUCCCACACAAGCAUUAUUGGAAGAUAAGUUGUCGAACCAACAAGGCUUAACUCCUCGUAUUCUUGAGUGCCUCUUUACCCGUAUAAAUGAGGAACAAAUUAAGCAUGCUGACAAACAGCUCAAAUAUCAAUGUCGCUGUUCAUUUCUUGAGAUAUACAAUGAACAGAUAACUGAUUUACUGGAUCCCAGUCAGAGAAAUCUUCAGAUAAGAGAAGAUGUCAAAACUGGUGUAUACGUCGAAAACCUGACCGAGGAAAUUGUGUGCACUAUGAAGGAUGUGAACCAACUCUUGUUGCGGGGAUUGUCAAACAGGAGAACGGGUGCUACCAGCAUAAAUGCAGAGAGUUCUCGCUCGCACAGUGUGUUUACUUGCAUAAUUGAGUCCCGAUGCAAGAGCAUGGCUGAUGGAAUGAGCAGUUUCAAAACAAGUAGAAUUAAUCUCGUUGAUCUGGCUGGAUCGGAAAGGCAGAAGUUAACAGGAGCUGCAGGAGAUCGAUUAAAGGAAGCUGGGAAUAUAAAUCGGUCACUCUCACAGCUUGGAAAUUUGAUAAAAAUUCUUGCUGAAAUUUCGCAAACGGGGAAGCAAAGGCAUAUUCCUUACAGAGACUCCAAGUUGACAUUCUUGUUGCAGGAAUCUCUCGGUGGAAAUGCAAAGCUAGCAAUGGUCUGCGCUAUAUCUCCUGCACCAAGCUGCAAGAGCGAGACAUUUAGUACCUUGAGAUUUGCACAGCAUGCAAAGGCCAUAAAAAAUAAAGCAGUCGUGAAUGAAGUAAUGCGGGAGGAUGUGAAAUUUUUACGCGAGGUGAUAAGGCAAUUAAAGGAUGAGCUACUUCGAAUGAAAGAAAAUGGAAAUAACCCAAGUGACUCAAAACAUUACUUAACGGGAAAGGACGUUAGGAGGAGUUUGCACCUUCUUAACUUGAGUCUCCACCACCCAAUGACAUUACCUCAUGCUGACGAUGAUAGUGAUGAGGAGAUGGAAAUAGAUGAAGAGGCAGUCGAGAGGCUCUGUCAUCAAGUGGGUUUGCAGUCAUCUAGUUGCGGAGAUAUGGAAGGUGUUUCUGAACAACCUGAUGUGGAAAACCUUGGAGAUCCUAUUGUAGAAACCUCUGAUGGCACCUCCUCCAAGCAUUUAUUUGAGGGAGAAAAGUCGGACUCUUUGGAUGUCAAAAUGGAUGAUGGAGAAGCACCGGCUGUUUCUUUGAACAGUUCAACAGAUUGUCUCACCCCAUCUGGCCUUAAUGUCACUGUUAGUGAGACAUCCCCUCUUAAGUCUCCAACUCCAAGUGUUUCCCCUAGAGUCACCAACACAAGCCGAAAAAGUCUCAGGACUUCGUCCAUGUUGACUGCAUCACAGAAGAAUUUGGAAAAUGACUCUUCCAUAGAGCAAGCUGGUCUGCGCAUUUCUUCUCCGAAAUCUUUAAAUAAGAGCUCAUCACAUCACCUGCCUACACAGAGGAGCAGUAGCUACCUUGUACCUACUGAACACUUGGCAGCAAGCCUCCAACGCGGUCUUGAAAUAAUGGAACGCAAGAGUUCAGCUCUGAGAAGGUCAUCAUUCAGAUUUUCAUAUAAACCUGCAGAAUCCAAGUCAAUUAUUCCCGUUAUCAAAGUUGACACUGGAGUGCAAGUUUCAUUGGAAGACAACCCGAUGGUUGUCGAAGCUCCAAUGGAUUACUUGUGCAGUAAUUGCAGAACCAGAACACAGACAGAUGUUAAAGAUGUCGAUGGGGGCAACCUGCAGAUAGUGCCAGUCGGUGGGUCAGAGUCCAGUGAGAAAUCAAAGAAGCAAGUUCCCAAGGCAGUGGAAAAAGUUUUGACAGGAGCUUUCAGGAGGGAAAUGGCACUGGAAGAAUUUUGUGGGAAACAAGCAGCAGAGAUAAUGCAGCUUAACCGCUUGGUACAACAAUUCAAACACGAAAGAGAAUGCAAUGCUAUAAUAGCACAGACAAGAGAGGAUAAAAUACUUAGACUCGAGAGCCUUAUGGAUGGUGUUAUGCCAACUGAAGAGUUUAUGGGGGAGGAAUUUGCCUCUCUUAAUCACGAGUACAAGCUUCUGAAGGAGAAAUAUGAAAACCAUCCUGAAGUUUUACAGUCAAAGAUCGAACUAAAAAGACUGCAAGAUGAACUGGAGCAAUAUCAAAACUUCUUUAAUAAUGGGGAAAGGGAAGUACUGCUGGAAGAGAUUCAAGACUUAAGAAGCCAGCUCCAGUAUUAUAUGGAUGCUUCCACUUCAUUGGGUACAAAACGCAGUCCACCACUGCUUUUGGAUUAUCCAUGUGGACCCAGUCCAGCUCCAUCGUUAAGCACAGUCCCAGAGUCCAUUGAAGAAAGUGCCAAAGAGAAAUUCGAACAAGAGAGAAAGCGUUGGACUGAAGCAGAGAGCAAGUGGAUAUCACUCACUGAAGAGUUGAGGAUGGAGCUUGAAGCUAGCAGGUCACAAGCUGAAAAGUGGCGGCAGGAGUACGAAACUGAGAAAAAGUGCACAGAAGAUUUGGAAGAAGCAAUGCGGUGGGCUAUGGAAGGGCAAGCAAGGACACUUGAACAGUAUGCCGAUCUUGAAGAGAAACAUAUUCAGUUACUUGCAAGGCAUAGAAGAAUGCAGGAAGGUAUAGAUGACGUGAAGAAGGCAGCUGCUAAGGCCGGUGUGCGAGGUGCUGAAUCUAAGUUUAUAAAUGCCCUUGCUACAGAAAUAUCAGCUCUAAAAGUGGAAAGAGAAAAAGAGAGGAGGUACAUGAGGGAUGAGAACAGAGAACUUAAAUCUCAACUGCAGGAUACUGCUGAAGCUGUGCAGGCAGCAGGUGAAUUACUUGUGAGGCUUAAAGAAGCAGAAGAAGCUGUUGCUGCAGCCCAGAAACGAGCUAUGGAGGCCGAGCAAGAAACUAAGAAGGCUUACCAAGAGAUGGAUAAUUUGAAAAAAGAGCACCAAACUGAGAUACAGACUGUGAAUUGCCUCCUAGCAGAGUCUAGACUGCCUAAUGAAUCAUGCGGAGCUGCUGCUGAUGAUUUCCCUGUGGCCAAAUAUGACAAUGGCGAACCCCAAAAUGCGGAUGACCAGCAGUGGAAGGAAGAGUUCAAAGAGUUCUACGGUGGUGAAGACGGUGAGUUGUCCAGACUUGUGGAGCCAAAAUCAUGGUUCAUGGGAUACGAUAGUUGCAACAUUUAGAGAAGAGAAAUGUAAUUGCAGAGUCAUCAUGUAUGUAUGUAUGUUACACAGGCCCCUCGCGGCGGCUCCGUCUAGUCAAUCCUUUUUCGCAUUGAUUGUGAGGACCAGUGUCUUGGUUCUCUUUAUAAGCUUUGUAUCAAAAUGUUUAGAUUUUCACUUCCCAACUUCUACAUAUAAAGUGGCAUGGCUUCAUUCUUUUAUUCAAA